GUUUUCAUUUCUCUUCCCCGUAGCGAAAUUUUAGGUUUUUUUUCCGUCGUAGUGAUGCAGCAACCACCGUCAAACGCCGCCGGAGCUGGACAGAUACCAUCGGGACAGCAACAGUUGUGGAUGAUGAUGCAACAGCAGCAGCAACAGCAGCAGCAGCAGCAGCAGAGGCAGUUUUCUGCGGCGCCACUAGGUCAACAGCAGUACGGUGUUGGAUCUCAGAAUCCAGGAUCCGAGGUCAAAUCGUUGUGGAUCGGAGACUUGCAGCAAUGGAUGGACGAGAACUACAUCAUGAGCGUCUUUAAUCAGUCUGGCGAGGCUCAAUCGGCUAAAGUCAUUCGUAAUAAGCUGACGGGACAAUCUGAAGGUUAUGGAUUCAUUGAGUUUGUCAACCAUUCUGUAGCAGAGCGGGUUUUGCAAACUUACAAUGGUGCUCAAAUGCCGAGCACUGAACAGACGUUUAGGCUCAACUGGGCUCAGGCAGGGGCUGGAGAGAAACGCCACCAGACUGAAGGGCCUGACCAUACGAUUUUCGUAGGCGACUUGGCACCUGAGGUGACUGACUACAUGCUCUCGGACACGUUUAAGAAUGUGUAUGGGUCUGUCAAGGGGGCUAAAGUUGUGGUUGACAGGACCACUGGAAGGUCCAAGGGCUAUGGGUUUGUUAGGUUUGCGGACGAAAAUGAGCAGAUGCGUGCCAUGACCGAAAUGAAUGGUCAAUACUGCUCGACCAGGCCUAUGCGUAUUGGUCCGGCUGCCAAUAAGAAUGCUCUUCCGAUGCAACCAGCUAUGUAUCAAAACACUCAAGGAGGAAAUGCUGGCGAUAGCGAUCCAAAUAACACAACAAUUUUUGUUGGGGGUCUGGAUGCUAAUGUUACAGAUGAUGAAUUAAAGUCAAUUUUUGGUCAAUUUGGGGAACUUCUUCAUGUUAAAAUACCUCCAGGAAAACGUUGUGGAUUUGUUCAAUAUGCCAACAGGGCGACUGCAGAGCAUGCACUUUCGGUACUGAAUGGAACACAAUUAGGUGGACAAAGCAUCCGUCUUUCGUGGGGACGUAGUCCAAACAAGCAGCCUGAUCAAGCGCAAUGGAACGGUGGUGGAUACUAUGGAUACCCUCCACAGCCACAGGGCGGCUAUGAACCAUAUGGUUAUGCAGCUCAACCUAAUCAGGAUCCUAAUGCGUACUAUGGCGGUUACACUGGCUAUGGCAACUAUCAACAGCAACGUCAGUGAAACAUCAACAUCAGCUUUUUCUACCAAUGUCUUGGAACAAAAUGUGUCAUUAAGUCUUCUUAGGACUUUUAGAUUUUAAGUGUGCUCUCUCUUUUUACUAGAUGUGAGUUUUAUUUUGCAAAUGAGUCGAUCUUGGAUUUGCUAUGAACAAAUUAUUUGCUGAAUG